AGAAUAUCCGCUGGUUGCGAAGGAAAGAAUCGUUACUCCGCAGGACGUAACAACAAUCUCGUUAGUGAUUUCUCGUAAUUUGGCGGUACAAUAUCGCAGGCACGUCGGCAUGCGCGUGCAAAUUGUGAAAAAGGGACGCCAAAAUGUGUUACACCCUUGAUCGCUUCGCGAAGAGAUAUCUUAGGCAUGUGCGUUGCAUGCGCGUCGGGUACAGGUUCAUUAAAUGAGGAAUGCCGAUUGUUAGAAUCAAAAAAUGGCUGUCCUGGAGGUAAGCUCGGACUAUGCGCUUCCGGACGUCUAUUUUUGACCUAGUGCCUGAGUGAAUUAAUCUCGCGCAUCAUCUCAUUCUUUAGCGCCGCGAACAUAUUUCUUACGUCGGAUGCAAGAGUCAAAUUUACUUCUUUAGUGCGUUCAAGUGUUCUGCGUUCUUUUUCCAACUGCAUUCUUUCGCGGUCUAUCGCGGCGGCUUUUGUCUUUCGCUCGUCUCUUAAUUGUUUUUCAUGUUUAUCUUGUGCUAACCGUACUGCAUCUAAUUCCUCCUCGAUGAGGGCCGUUUUGGCCAUGGUUUUCGCGAAGUUGCGGGUUUCCAUUAUUGGAGCGAUCGAUUCCACCGCUGUCACCAGACAAUUUAACAAUUAUGUUACGUCCCGACCGAGCGCGAUGCCGAGUCGGCAAAGAGUGCGCGUUUCGGCGGGGCAGGCUGUUUUCGAAGCACGAGCUUCGAGGACCCCACAGCCCAGGAACGGAUUGCGUGGCCGGAUUUACUGGCAGACGGGCCUGAUUUCUCCGCGAUAGGGGAUCGAGAGGGGAUUUUUAUAUUGUUUUAGAAGGGAUGCCGCGAGAGUGCCAAAAUGGUUGCGUUGGAAUCAUUCCACGGUUUGUUAUGCUUGUUUUAAUGAGGCGUCGUGAUUUAUCUUUUGGUGACGCUUGUUGGGAUGGCGAUGGGGCCCUGAAGCUGUUGCCUUGGUUGCAGACUGCGCCGGUCAGGCGAUGAGUGGCCCCCGUCUCUUUUGGCUGUCCGGUUGUUCUCAGGUCUCGGUGGUAGUGCCUCGGAUUGUUCACUACUUUCGCGGUGUUGCAUACAUGGAAGCGAGGGAGGUUAAGCGUGGAAAUUGAGCAAAAGCGUUUGUAUGUAAACUACUCUUUUAUUACUACAAGCAUAAAGAGUAAGAAGCGGGUUACAAAGAUACAAUUUAAAACUACAACUACAUUAAAAUUAAGCUUACAGUGAAUUUUGAACUAGGAUUAAAAUUAAAGUAGAUCUCAAAUUAGGAUUGGAAUUAAAAUUAGAGUGGAUCUUGAAAUAGGAUUGGUUAAUGUUGGAUUUGGAUUUGAUCUUGAACUUGAUCUUGGAAAUAGAAAGACUCGCUUGAACUGGUCAGCGCGUACUAGUAGCUUGAGGGGAACUCGGUCACUGCAAUUGCGACACGGGACCGUCCCGGCUACACUAGCCCUGAUCUCAACUGUCGAGUUCGAACUGUCCAGAGUCGCGGGCUGCAUCCCUAUUUAUAUGAUUUUUAGACAAAGCUCUGAGAAAAGCGUGGCAAGUCAAUACUCCUAGUGGGGGUUGCUGCUGAUGCAACCACCGUUCGGAUUUUCUUAAAUGAGGAAACUCAAAUUUAUGGAUCUCAAGUGUCGUGCGAGCAAACUUUUCCGCCGCGACCAUCCGGCACUGAAAAAUGUCAAAAAAAUGUCAGUUCACGAUUUUAUGACUUUAACAAUCGCACGACAGAUUUCUCUGUCGCGGUAGCUUUCAAGUGCCGUGUGGCGGACUUCUCCGCCGCAACCAUCCGGCGCUGGAAAAUGUUGGAUUGAGAUUUUAUCACUUUUCGAGUGUCGUGGGCGCAGCUUUUCUCUAGCGACCCUCCGUUACUGGAAAAUGUUAAUUACGAUUUUACGACUUACUGGCCGUGCAUGCAGAUCACUCUGCCGCGACUAUCCGGCGCUGGAAAAUGUUAAGAACAGGAUGCGACCUGACAGUUGAAUUUGUUAGUGAAUGCCGACUUGCCAGUCUGCUUAAUAUCGAUGUCGAAAAAUUAUACCCGCAGCGUUGCGGACGUGACACAUAAUAGCGGUUCUUCAGGGCUUAAAAGUUUUAAAUAUGAGUAUUAUAAUUGCAUUUCACUGCAUAUAUUUUGGAAUAAAUUCUUUUGGUGAGUACAUUUUGGACUUUUCUACAGAAUGAAUAAUUUUUUGUUUCUUGUUUUUCAUUUCAUAUAAUAAAAAUUGCUUUUUAUUUGCAGGGAAUAAAGUAUGGAUAUGGAAAAAUAUGGCAAAUUUUUAUAAUUUACUUAAUCCAAUGAUUGGAUUUGUAUCAGUCGAUAUUUAUUUCUUUUCAAGUGAGUUUUUGGUAGCUCAUUAGUAUUUGAGGGAUAAAGUAAACAAAAUUCCGAUUAAGCCAAUUCGAUAUAGAGAAAAAUUAAAUAAACUUUUUAUCAAUAUAGUAAAAAGAUUUCUUCGGUAUGUUUUUUGAUUUGCAAACAUAAUAAACAAUAAUAAACAUAAUAAAAUUACUAAUUUAAUGAAUGAAAUAAACAUAUUUGCAUGAUGUAUAAAAUUUGAAAAUUAAUUUUUAAUUUUAAUAUUUGAAUAAAUAAUUGCUUUUUUUCACAUUAAUAAUUAAAAUUUUUGUUAAGGUUAACACCAGUUUACAUAAUGGUAUUAGAAAUAUUGCAGUUAAGCUCAGUUUGGUUUGACAAAACAUCGCAAUUUUACAUAUCCGAGAGAUUUCACGAAACUUGCGCAAAAUAUUGGUGGAGAAAUCUUCUGUUCAUAAAUAAUUUCUUCGAUGUCGAUGCAAUGUGCAUGAAUUGGAGCUGGUAUUUAGCCGUUGAUACGCAAUGUUAUGUAAUUGUUUUAAUGAUAUUAAUUUUAUCAACUAGAUAUCAUGAACUGUAUAGACUUUCAAAUGUUUUAUACCGCCAUGGACAAGAAUAAAUUCAUUUAUUAUUGGUACAGUUACAAGUUAUAUUUUAAUUAAAUUAAAUAAUAAAUUAUUCUGGAAAAAGGUUAAGUAUUAUUCUUGUGUAACAGAGAAGAAGAGGGUAUUACGGCUACUGUGGACAUAAUGGCUAUCCCCAUUAUCUCCAUUAUUAGGUGACGAAUUCUAAUAAUUGUUUAUGAAAUUAUUCAAUUAGUAGCCCGCCGUUUUUUAAUAGCGUUAAUAUGCCAAUACA